AUGACGAGUGACUCCUCCACCGCUCCGCCGUUUCUUUUGGAGAUACCAGAUGUUGGCAACCCUUUCGACGACGAUGAUCCGUCCACCUCCCAGACCCCCGCUAAGGGUUUCUCGCACCCAUCUGGUCCGGCAGCCGAGGUCGUCUUCGGUCUUGAUAGUGACGCACGGAACUGCUGUUGUCGGUGUGCUACCUCUGAGGGGGUCUCAACCUUCUACUGUUGUCCUGUGUGCGAAGCUCUGUUGUGCUCGCAGUGCCUUCUAGCACUGCGGGCUGACUGUGGACCUGAGGAGCUCUCCUGUCUUCUGUGCGGUGACUCGACCACUGCAAGGGUGUCUAUGAACCGUCACGCUGCCCUUCUCAAGGCAGCAGGAGAAGCUCGAGUAGAUGUGCGGACUGCAUGGUCGGGGUUGCUGAAUUUCCGUAGAGGAACAGGUGAGGGCGACGACGAAGAGGAGACCCCCGAUCUUGUGCCAUCUGUGAUUCAGAUGGAAGAGGGCAUCCAGCAUCCGACCGCGCAUGGUAUCAUGUUGCGUAUGAAUCUUCUAACAUGCCACAACGUUGACUGA